UAAAGUUUGAUCCUUCGGCCCGAUUGGAGUUAGGGUUUCCGGAACGGAAGGGGCAAGAAAUGUCAGCGAUCGGCAAGGGUCAAAGGCGGCCAUUAAUUGCAUCGCAUUCUUCUCGCCAUCCGUUCCGCUGUCCCUGGCCACUGCGCCUCCACCUCAAAUCCCUUCGACGCCAUCCGUUCCUCUCUCUCUUGCUUGGAUACAGGGAGGCGAAAGUAGAAGAUGAGGAGAUAAGAACGUGGUCAAGUUGGCAGCUGGUUAUUCGACCAUAAAUUUAGGUCACUCGAAGUUUCCGGUUAUGCGAGAUUUCCUGCUUUGUUGUUCUUCUCUGCCUUUGGCUCGGGCAUGGUAAGAUGCCAUCGACAUACCUGUCGAAGCACAAAGGAUUGCAGACCUCGUCGGAACUCCUACGUAUAUGUGGCCGAAGCUUCUUGUUCGGAAACACCCGUUUUAUCCUCUCUGAGCCUUUCUCCACCUUUGGCCGCCGCCCACCUCAGAUUUUUUCUUCACCUGCUGUUUCCGGCCAGAAUUUCACCAAUCAGAUUUCACAGCCUGUGCGGAGGUUUCCUUUUUGGUGGAAUAUCAUGUCUGCCCGCAGUGCCUUCUUGAGAGGAUCCGAGUUGGGGUCCCUCCCUAUGGCAAAGGGUAAUUCAAGACCUAACCAUAGCUUGAACAUCAUGACGAGGUUCACUGUCUGUUCUCCUAAUAAGAGCCUCAAGUUCUCAUUGAGAACAAGUGGGAACUUAAAGAAUCAAGAACCCUGGGUUGCUAAUAUUGCCUACAGAUGUUUCUGGUCAAAUACACACGGUGUGAAUUGGAGAUCUAAUUCUUCAGUGGAACCAAAAAGUCAAAAAAUUUUGACUUCAUGUUCAGCACCAUACUCAGCUGGUGCAGCUUCGGAUUUGUCGUUUGAUGCGGCCGUGCAGGAGGAGCAGAUUCAGAGUUCUGCUGAUUCAUCUGAACAAAAGAAUCAACACAAUAAAUCCUUGAAGCUGCUUUCUGGAUCUUGUUAUUUACCUCAUCCGGCCAAGGAAGAUACUGGAGGAGAGGAUGCUCAUUUUAUUUGUGCUAAUGAGCAAGCCAUUGGUGUGGCAGAUGGUGUUGGUGGAUGGGCUGAUGUUGGUGUCGAUGCUGGACAGUAUGCUAGAGAACUCAUGUCUAACUCAGUGAAUGCAAUUCGGGAUGAGCCAAAGGGUUCAAUUGAUCCCUUGAGGGUUCUUGAAAAAGCUUACUCAAUAACAAAAGCUAGGGGCUCGUCCACCGCAUGCAUUAUUGCACUCACUGACCAGGGCAUUCAUGCUCUCAAUCUAGGAGACAGUGGAUUCAUAGUUGUGAGAGACGGCUCCACACUCUUCAGAUCACCCGUUCAACAGCAUGAUUUCAAUUUUACUUAUCAGCUCGAAAGUGGCAAUGGCAGUGACCUUCCCAGCUCUGCACAGAUAUUCAACUUUCCAGUUGCAUCAGGUGACAUCGUGAUUGCUGGAACCGAUGGCCUGUUUGAUAACUUGUACAACAACGAAAUCACUGCAGUGGUCAUCCAGGCCACUAGAGCUGGCUUUGGCCCUCAAGUAACAGCUCGGAAGAUUGCUGAGCUUGCACGCCAGAGAGCGCAAGAUAGGAACCGGCAAACUCCAUUCUCGGCAGCUGCUCAGGAUGCUGGUUAUCGCUACUAUGGAGGGAAGCUCGAUGACAUUACGGUGGUCGUUUCCUAUAUCACUGGCUGAUGCUCGACUUGGGACACUUCCGUCUUGCAAACUGUACAGGGAGCUCCUGGUGUUGGAGUUGAAAUAGUAAGUUGCUUAGUCAAUCACAGUCCUUCACAAAAAUGUGCCAAACACUUGCGGUUUCAUUGUUAUAUGUUGAAGAUUUUGAAUGACGAGGUUUCACAAGUAGGUCAUGGACAUGAACAUCACUUUUUGUUGGUGGAUGCACCAAUUCUAUUAAGAGACACCGGGAAGUCUUGCUAGUC